CUGGGUUAAAUAACGUGAGGGUCCGUAUACUGAACUGGCUAUAAUGAGCACGGAAGGACUUAUGCAACUGCAUCAAUGAGCCUUCUCUAUAAAUUCUACAUGCGGCACUAGACGCUAGUCAGAGGAGCGUUGAGUGUGUUUGCGGAUGGUGCGGAGUUUGAUUGAGCUCUUCGACUUUCUACUUCUUGAGUUUGUCUGCUUAAUUUGAGCAGGUAUUUAGUUGAAAUGGAGAUUAAGACGGGAGAUCCUUCUCAGCGUAUCCAGGUGGCUACUGCUAAGAGGAUACAGAAGUAUCAACAACUUCAAGGUAAAGAAGUUGGAGAGUUCCCUUUCUGGGACAUUGUUGCAGUUGGUGCAGGGGAUAGAACCCAGAAGGUGGCGCUUGAGCUACAACUACAAGAGAAAUUAGCACUAGAACAACUGCCUCUUGGCGUAGAUUACUGUGUGAUUGCUGAUCCGGGUGCAGAAAAAAUAGGUGAUGGAGGAUCCCUACUGGUAAUUCUGCAAUGUCUUAAAGAAACAUAUCGAGACAAGUUGACAACGAAGAAGGUCUUAGUCAUGCCGACAGGUGGAUACAGCCAACGUCUUCCAAGUGCCAGCCUCCUGGGGAAGCUUUUCCUUGAUGUACCUAUUGGUGAUCCUUCCUUACAGAUGUUUGACAUUAAAUUAGCUCUGACCAUCGACUACCCAGCGAAGAUGACUGCAGGAAUCUUCCUGGUGGCUGCAGACUGUUUUGAACUUUAUGACGACGAAGAUUCUCCAGAAUGGUCAUUCAGCUCACCUGGAGUAACAGCUCUUGGGCACCCCUCACCACUCAGCAUCGGCACAGGACAUGGUGUGUUCCUCCUCCCAUCCAGGCAGGGCCCAAGACCUUCAGUUGAGGUUGUAUCAGCGCUGAAGUUCCUGCACAAGCAGUCUGAGGAGAAGUUAUGCAAAGAAGGGGCACUCUUGCCGAAAGAGUUCUGCAAUGGCGUCGGCACAGACACUGACAUGGUCCUCACAGACAGUUGCUAUUACAUGGACUUUACAACAGCCUUAAAAUUGCGGGAUCUGUACUAUGAUGAAUCUCCCUUGCGCUGUGAGAUUGAUGGUUACGGCGAUAUCUUGCAGCCCCUUGGUUCUCAAGCUUCCACGGAUUACAUCAGUAAUACUGCAAACAAGACUAAAGUAACCGCAAAUCUCACAAGCAUGCGACACAAGAUAUAUGACAUCCUCCAGGGUACUCCUCUCAAUGUUGCCGUCAUGCAGCACUCGCACUUCUACCACAUUGGGACCACCAAUGAAUACCUCGACCACAUCUGCAACAAGACACCUCUAGCUAAAGAACUUGGCUUCCUACGCUACACACCAAGUGAUCCAGAGGCUCUGCAAAGUGAGCCUGCGAAAUCUCCUACCGGCCAGGAGGAGGUUGAAUGGGCAUGCGUCAUGAACUCCGUCUGCCCAGAAGGCUCUCAGAUCCACGACAGGUGUGUGGUAGAGUACUCUGUUUUCAAAUCACCAGUGAAUGUUGAGAGUAACAGCAUUGUCAGCAACUGCUGCGUUGGAGCUGCACCUGAUGGCAACCUCAUCAAGAUUCCCGGAAGCACCUUCCUAUACACCGCUUGCGUCUCAAAUGGUACAGCCAAGAAAGAGUUUGUCACUGUUGCUUUCGGCAUCGAAGACAACAUGAAGAAAGUUGUGCAAGCCAACUGCAUAGCAGAGUUGUCUAUAUUCGGAAGGUCCUUUGAGGCAAUUUGUGGGACUAGUCUAGAGCAAGUUGAAGGUCUUCUGUUUCCACAGAAGACGCCUCGGGAUCUGUGGCAUGCCAAGUUGUUUGAGCCAUCUUCCACAAUGGAAGAUGCCUUUGCCUCUACCAUGGACCUGGUAGACAAAAUGACUAAUGUAUCACUGUGGGAACCAACAGCAAGUGACUGGGAAAGUCGACUUUCAAUGGCAGACCUUAUUCAGAGCAAGGAUAUCUUUGGCUUGCUAGACUACAAGCGUAAGGUGUUAAAGGAUAGUAAAACCUAAAGAUCUAAAAACUCACAGGUUUUGAAAAAAAAAAUAUUUCACAUAAAACAUCUUUAAAGCAUAUCCACAGUAUUUGUUGUUUGUUAAGCACCAGUAUUUGCACUUUAUGUUGUCCCAACAUUUGUACAUGAAAUAAUAAUUUGUGAUUUUUGUCAACAUUGAAAUUCAUACAGGAAUAAAUACAAAUAUGAAUAGUAGACUUGUGUAAAACCUCUUUUAAGGGAGUGUUGGCUCUAAAAAGGGCCGGUGUGGUCUUGACUUGUCAAACAGUAUACAUGUAUACUGCUCGUCUUCAUGUAGUCAUUGGAGACCCAAGAAAAUAGUGGCACAAAUCCUUGCAUGUUUUCACUGUUUCAAUAAGGACUUUUUGGAGUCUCGCAAGAUCUUAACUCAUUUCUCAAAAGUCAUUGUGUGUCAAGCAGAAAUUUAUUUUAAGGGAGAUUCCCACUGUGACAAUAGUUGUAACUUCAUUGUUUUUAUCAGUCUCACCGAUGGUGUACCACAUUAUGAACUGGAGCAGUACAAAAAUGUUCGCAUUUAGAUUUAUGUUUGUCUCUUGUAGGCUUUCAUAUUCAAACAAAUUUCUUCAAAUAAGAUCUGCUUUGACCCCUAGUAUUCAACAAUAAAAACUAGGCAACAAUUAAUAUUUGUAAAGUUUUGACUGCUAAAAAAAAAAUAUAUAUAUAAACAAGUUAUAGGUGUUGGCUAGUGCACUCACACUGUCAAUAUGAAACUGCUAAAAUUUACACUUUUUGCAGAAAAAGUUGUUGGUGAUGACAUGAAUCCCUACUCACUGUGAAUGUACAGAAUGUAAUAUAAUAUACCUGAAGAAGUAUCAGCUUUGUUAGUUAUCAAGUUUAUUGGGAAAAAAUGAUAAAUCAUAUAGCAUUACUUUCAGUAGACUUGCGUUAAAGGCAGUGGACACUAUUAUUACUCAAAACAAUUAUGAGCAUAAAACCUUACUUGGUAAAAAGUAAU